AUGUUAGACACAACCAGCAAUGGGAACUUCCUCAAUCAAGAUGUGGAAGAUGGCUGGCAACUUGUGGGAAACAUCGCAAACUCUAAUGGGAGUUAUGGAGAAGAGGAUGAUCGCACCAACAGGAGCUCGACCCACCACUCGAUCGAGUCGGAUGAGAGAUUGAGAAAAGAUGUCAAAUCGUUGAAUGAGAAGUUGGAUAAGCUUAUCUUAGCUCAGUCCACAAUGAAGAAGGUCAAUUUUUUGUUUUCUGAAGAGAUGGAACCAGUCCAAGAAGGGGAGGAUACACAAUUUGCUGAAGUGUGCUACAUGAGCAAUGGGCAAGGAGGUUACAACAAAGGCUACUAUAAUUACAAGUCCAACCCAGCCAUGUCAUACCGAAACACUGAUGUUGCUAACCGUCAGUAUCAAGUCUAUCCUCAACAACAGCAAGCUCGAUCGAGUCAAGCCCCACAACAUGGGUAUGGUCCUAAAAACAACUACCAAGGCCCUCAAGGGACUUUUCCUAGUCAGCAAAUGCACAUACCACCUGGCUUUCCCCGCCAACCACCCCAGCCGGCACCUACGCCUGAGAAUGAGACCAGCUCGACCACCUACUCGACCACCCGGUCGAGUUUCCCAACUCGACCGGCCAAGCUUCAACUCGAUCGAGCUGAGAAGUCAACAGUCAAACCCGAAAAAUGUUCCUUCCCCCUUGACUUUCCUUUGACCCUAAACCUAAAUUCUCUUGUAUUUAAAGGCUGA